AUGCGGUUAAUAUCGCUUCUCACCUACUUCGUCGCCUUCCUGGCGCCGCUGGCGUCAGCGGUCGAUUACAUCGAGUCCGAUGCGCUCAGUGUGUGCAUGGAGAGCAGCAACUUUACGGCAACCUACUUCCACGUGAUGUUCUAUCCCGGAAACAAAACCUUGGAGGUAGAUUUCAAAGGCGUGUCGGCAGUCAAGGGUAAGAUCCUGGCUGAUCUUUCUCUCACUGCCUAUGGCUACACAAUCGUGCAGAAGACCAUCGAUCCCUGCUCCUUCCAGGACCAGGGUGUGCAGUUGUGUCCGAUGCCCGCAGGUGCCAUCAAUCCUCCCCCCAUUCAUAUCCCGAUUCCGGAGUCGACAAUUCAAGGCAUUCCUAGUAUUGCCUACACCGUUCCCGAUCUCGAUGCGGUCGUGCAGGUCGUCCUUCUUAGCAAGGAAACCAAUGAAAAGAUUGCCUGUGUGCAAGCUUCGCUUUCUAACGGCAAAACUGUUUACCAAGAAUCAGUUGCUUGGGUUACCGCCAUUAUCUCCGGUCUAGGCUUAGCAGCCUCCGCCAUCACUUCUGGGCUAGGACAUUCCAACACGGCGGCCCACGUCGCGGCUAAUGCGCUCUCCCUUUUCGGAUUCAUGCAGGGCCAGGCGAUGAUGGGCAUGACUUCCGUUCAUAUGCCCCCGAUUGUGGAAUCAUGGACCCAGAACUUCCAGUGGAGUAUGGGAAUCAUCCAUGUGGACUUUCUCGAAACGAUCUGCACCUGGUAUCAACGAUCCACCGGUGGAACUCCCACGACUCUACUGUCGAAACUUUCGACCACCUCGGUCGAGGUUCUGAAGCGUCGCAAGCGUGACGUGAUUGACCCGAUGAUGGAGACUAUGGUGUCGUUCGCUAAGAGAGGGGUCUCCUAUCUGAUGAGAAGGGACAACUCGGGCACCCAAAGACUCGUCGUUGUCCGGGGUAUUGGUCGUGUUGGAUUCAAGGCUAACAUCGAGGAAACCAACGUCUUCCUAACUGGUCUCAUCUUCUUUGUGGUCUUCGUCGUCAUUGUCAUAAUCAUCGUCACCUCCUUCAAGUGGAUCUGCGAAUUGCUUGUUAAGCAUGGUAAGAUGCAGAGUGACAAGUUCCAAGACUUCCGGAAUGGCUGGAAGGUGGUCCUUCGUGGCAUUCUAUUCCGAUUGUCGCUGAUUGGCUUCCCGCAAAUGGUUGUUCUUUGCAUGUGGGAGUUUACUCAGCGGGACUCGCCCGCUGAGGUCGUCUUGGCGGCGGUGAUGUUCCUAUCCUUGCUAAUCGUGCUUGGAUGGGCGGCACAGAAGGUCAUUCGGUUGGCUAAGCGCUCGGUGAUGCUUCACAAGAACCCGGCCUACAUCCUAUACUCGGAUCCUACCUCCUUGAACAAGUGGGGCUUCCUCUACGUCCAGUACCGUGCGACGGCAUACUACUUUGUUGUGCCAGUUCUAUUCUACAUUCUGAUCAAGGGAAUGUUCAUUGGUCUGAGCCAGCCCGCCCCUGUCGUUCAGACCGUGGCUCUAGUGAUUCUUGAGGCAGGCAUGCUAGUCGGUGUCUCCGUUCUCCGCCCAUGGAUGGAUAAGAAGACCAACGUCUUCAAUAUCUCGAUUGCCGCGGUCAAUUUCCUCAACGCGAUCUUCCUUCUCGUCUUCUCCGAUGUAUUCAACCCGCCCGGCAUGGUGUCCGGUGUUAUGGGUGUCAUCUUCUUCGUCUACAACGCAGUCUUUGCUCUGGUCCUCCUGAUCCUUGUUCUGAUUUCUGCGGGUUAUGCCGUCUUCUCGAAGAACCCGGAUACCCGGUACCAGCCGAUGCGGGAUGACCGUGGCUCCUUCAUCAAGUCGCAAACUCAACUAAACACCGAGUUGGAUGCCUUAGGUGCGACUGCCCGCAACGAGCCCAAGGGAGGAUACCAGAACAACCCGUUUGAGGAUGACCAUGCGUCCAUCUCCAGUGGAAAUGGCGCUAGCGUUCACCCCCACGACGCUCGCCAGCCUCCUGCGUCGCCCGUGGACCCGUCGGUGCCACUCUUCCCCAGCACCCGCGGUCCUCCUCCUGGCUACGACCAGUACCGGGCCGCUUCGCCCUCGCCUCGUUACGAUGGCCCCGUGGGCGCGUCGGCGCUGACGACAACCUACAGAGCUCAAAACAACUCAAGCCCAUGGCAACGAGGAGCUGGGUACGACCACUAA